CAGGGGCUAAAGGUUCAGGGUAAUCAUUUAUCUCCUAGAGACUAGGAAAUUUGGGAAUGUUUAGAGAAAUCUAUUUGAAUGGAAUGAGGAUCCUGUAGUCCACCUCCCUCAGUAGGUAAACACCAGUGUCUGGGAGAAGAGAAUCAAAAUGUCUAAUAUGGUAGAAGCCGGAAGCAUAGUGGGAGGUCCUGCCAAUAAUGAUACUGUAAACAUGGCUCAAGUACAAACCUCCAGGAAAGACGGACCGCAAUCUUCUUCCACAUCCAGACUUAGGAAGGGUGGGACAAAGCACCCUUUUAUAAGACUUUCUGUACCUCUUGUCUCAGGCUUUUGUUCAGUUCGACAUGGGCUAGCCCUUAUCCUGCAUCUGUGUAAUCUUUCGAUUUCCACCCAACAAAUGAACAUGAGCAUUGCCUUGCCAGUUAUGGUGAACAACACAACUCUGCCCAGUUCAUCCAAUGCCUCCAUAGAGAGGCCACCCGUUGACUCCCAGGACAACUGGAACAAAACUCUGAACGAAUCUAAGGCAGUGGCUGCUGCGUAUGACUGGAGUCCUGAAAUUCAGGGGAUCAUCCUCAGCUCACUCAGCUACGGCUCAUUCUUGGCUCCAAUUCCCAGUAGCUACAUGGCUGAAGUAUUUGGAACCAGGUAUUUGUCUGGUACCUGCAUGUUUAUUACCUCAUUCCUGGCCCUCUUCACUCCACUAGCAGCUGAUACUGGAGUGACUGUGCUCAUUGUUCUACGGGUCAUCCAAGGCAUGGUCCAGGUUGUGUUAUUAACAAGUCAGUAUUCAAUCUGGGCUAGAUGGGCUCCACCACAAGAAAGGAGUCAACUCAUCACCAUUGCUAUAGCAGGGUCAGCGUUGGGCUGCUUCAUCAUCUUCCUUGUUGGUGGUUACCUCUGCCAGACUAUAGGAUGGCCUUAUGUCUUCUAUAUCUUUGGUGGAAUUGGCUGUGUCUGUUCUUUUCUCUGGUUUGCUGUCAUUUAUGAUGACCCUGUGAGUCAUCCAUUUAUUAGCACUAGAGAGAAGGAAUAUAUCGUCUGUUCACUGGCUCAAGAGGGUUCUCCACCAGGCUGGUCUCUUCCCACUAAAGCUAUGAUCAAAUCACUACCACUUUGGAGCAUUCUCAUCUUUUACUUCAGUGAUUACUGGCAUUUUUUUGUCCUGACAUCAUUCUUACCAACAUUCAUCACCUCUGUACUUCAAGCUAAUAUCAGAGAUUUCCCAGUGUCAAGAGUCCUGAGUGCCAUGACAGUUCUUCUGAAAAUCAUUACAUGUCCACAAUAUGGAGUGGUUCACCAACCUGAGAUUGACAAGGUGAGAGCUUUUUAUGCUCCAUUCCUCAUACCAUCCAAACCUCAAAUGGUAGGUAUUUGAUAUGGGCAAUGAAAACAGUCUUGAGAUUGUUUUAAUGCUGGACAAUUCCCUGGACAGAAAUUAGCUCUAAAAGUGCUCAGUCAUGUCCAACUCUUUGUGACCCCAUGGAUAGCCUGCCAGGCUCCUCUGUCCUUGGGGAUUCUCUGGGCAAGACUACUAGAGUGUGUUGCCAUACCCUCCUCCAGGGGAUCUUCCCAACCCAGGGACCAAACCCAAGUCUCCCUCAUUGCAGGCAAAUUCUUUACCAGCUGAGCUAUCAGGAAAGCCCUGAGAUUGUUCUAAUGCUGGAUGAUUCCCUGGACAGGAGUUAGCUCUAAAAUUGCUUCUUCUUCAGCUGUAACAUCACAUGGUAAAAGCAUUAUGAAGUAUAAAUAGCUGUUGAAACAGACUUUCAAUUUAAUUGAUUUUACAUUUGGUUUAAUAAUGAUUCAGUAGAACCAGAACAAGAUUCAGAUGUAUAAACUAUACUUUAGUCUCACAUGGAGGGAAAUUCGCCUGCAAUGUGGGAGACCUGGGUUUGAUCCCUGGGUUGGGAAGAUCCCCAAAGGACAAAGGAUGGUAUGCCAACCCACUCCAGUGCAUGACCCAUCCAUCAGUCAAAAAUAAUUAAAAGCAAUUAAAAAACGUUUUGGAGCCUCCCUUUAAGAAUGUCAAGGGGAUGAUAGUGCCUUCUUAAUGCAUCACAUAGCAUCUUUAGAAUCCUCUGUGCUUUUCUACUCUUGCUACCCACCAAAGAGAUGGUCACUACAUUUCCAGGUCCACUCUAUCUCACUCUAUUUCCAAAACAAUAUUCUCAUGGACCCACAUCUGUGUCUCUUCUUCCUUCCAGACCUUCUUUCUUAACAUCUGGGUUCUACUCAAACAAAUGUAAUCAUUUGCCCAUUCCUCAGUUCUAGCAAAGAUCAAAUUCCCCUAAAAGGACAAUUUAGUAAUUUAUCCUCUAAGGGAACUCUUUUUAAUAGGCAAGGGAGGUAUAUGACUAGGAACAUUAGGAAUAAGUUUCAUUUAACUCAUUAAUUAAAAAGUUUAAGAAUUGUUUGUGACAUAAUGUAUUAUGUCAAUAUGUUUGUGACAUAAUGUAUUAAUACAUAUGCCC